GGACAAAAGUGGCUCUAAAUCCAGCACAUGCAUAUUGAAGCAAGUUAAAGGAUUUAAUAUGAAGCACAGAAACAGAUAAUGCCAAAAAGCAAGCAGUAGUUGGUACACUUUUCUGGAAAAGCAGUUUCCGUGUUGUUAUGUACACCUCCAAAAAAAUUCAGAUCUUUAGGGGAAUUGUUGUGUAAAGUAAACUGAACUACAGGGAGGCAGUACUUUAAUAGCUAUUAUAAACGUGUAUUUACUGUAUUAAAAAUGAGUAAAAGAACAAGCAAUGACACAUCACUAGGAAGAGUGAGUGGGGCAGCAUUUCCUUCUCCCAGUGCUGCUGAGAUGGCAGAAAUUAGUCGAAUUCAAUAUGAAAUGGAAUACACCGAAGGUAUUAGUCAGCGAAUGAGGGUCCCGGAAAAAUUAAAGGUAGCACCACCAAAUGCUGACCUGGAACAAGGAUUCCAAGAAGGAGUUUCAAAUGCUAGUGUGAUUAUGCAGGUUCCAGAGAGAAUUGUUGUAGCAGGAAAUAAUGAAGACAUUCCAUUUUCAAGGCCAGCAGAUCUUGACCUUAUACAGUCAACUCCCUUCAAACCUCUGGCACUAAAAACACCACCUCGUGUACUUACGCUAAGUGAAAGACCACUAGAUUUUCUGGAUUUAGAAAGACCUCCUCCAACCCCUCAAAAUGAAGAAAUCCGUGCAGUUGGCAGGCUAAAAAGAGAGCGCUCUAUGAGUGAAAAUGCUGUUCGCCAAAAUGGACAGCUGGUCAGGACUGACUCCAUGUGGCACAGAUCAGAUUCUGCCCCAAGAAAUAAAAUUUCAAGGUUCCAGGCACCAAUUUCUGCACCAGAGUACACUGUGACACCAUCGCCACAACAGGUUCGGGUUUGUCCUCCCCGUAUGCUACCUGAAGAUGGAGCUAAUCCUUCCUCCGCUCGUGGCAUUUUGUCGCUUAUCCAGUCUUCCACUCGUAGGGCUUGCCAGCAGAUACUGGAUGUGCUGGAUGAAAGCCGCAGACCUGUGUUGCGUGGUGGGUCUGCUGCCACCACCUCUAACGCUCAUCAUGACAACGCCAGGUAUGGCAUUUCACAUAUAGAUACAACGAUUGAAGGAACCUCAGAUGACAUGACUGUUGUAGAUGCAGCUUCAUUAAGACGACAGAUAAUCAAACUAAAUAGACGUCUACAACUUCUGGAAGAGGAGAACAAAGAACGUGCUAAAAGAGAAAUGGUCAUGUAUUCAAUUACUGUAGCAUUCUGGCUGCUUAAUAGCUGGCUCUGGUUUCGCCGCUAGAGGUAACCUCAACUCUCAAAAAUAUUGUCUCAACAGCUGGAAAUAUAAAGAAUUUGCACACUUCUUUAUUUCUGUCUUUGCAUUGUAUGCCGUUUUACAGUCCCCACCCUGAAAAUGUAUUUCUCCCAGAAAGGAUGGGGGAAGGACUUAUAUUUUGCAGAAGUAAAGGUAUGUCCUGUCACUCGACUGUAUUUAGUUUUAACCAGUUCUGCCAUAACACCUACUUAAAAUUCUCCCUUUGCAUGUUUUGUAAAUAGGACCUAGUUCGUUUGUUGUUUUCUUCUGUUUUGUUUUUGCCUCAUCAAUCUGCACAGCUAAUUCUAUGAAUGGGAGAGAAAAAAGUGUACAGAAAAUGGAUUUAGAGAAGUGUCUGUAAAGGAAAAAUAAUACUUUAUAUUGUCCUGUUUCUCAAACACUGUUAGAUAACAGUUUAGUUAGUAGACAUUUUUGCAUCCACAUUUCAACAUUAACACUACUGUAGUCAUGGUCUGGUGUCAGAUUUAAUAAACUCAAGUCACCUCAUGUUUCAGGAUCACCUUCAAUAAAAUAAUUCCUAACAUUUUCAGCAGUUUAAGAUGUGGGCAAAAUGUGCAUUUUUAUUUUUAUUUUAGUUUUACAGAUGGUUUUCUAUAAAGUACAUUUUUACUAAGUCCAUGUGUGAAUGAUUUAAAAAACUACAGAAUAAGGUACAAAUGUAGUGUAUUUAAUAAACUGUCAAUCAAAG